AUGGGAAACGGUGCAAAAGCACAGCAACGACGCGAUCGUGCCGAAAAGGCUGGUCCAAAGGCAGCCAAGAGCCAAUUAAAGACCAAUGAGGCAGCAAAGAACAUCCAAUGCAAGGUCUGCAGGCAAAUGUUUAUGUUAACAACACGCCUACCACAAUUGGUCGAACACGCAGAGAAUCGACACAAGAAAACGAAGGAAGAGUGCUUCGACUAG